GGUAUCUGAGGGCACAUUAAAAAUAACAUGAGCAGGAGGUCCAGGAGGUGAUCCCUUCAUUCUGCCCUGGUGAGGCCACAAUUGGGCUCCUGUGUGCAGCUGUGGGCUCUCCAGUUCAAGGCAGGGAACUUCUAGGGAGAGUCCAGCAGAAAGCCACAAAUACAACUGGAUGCCUGGAGCAUCUCCGUUACAAGGAAAGGCUGAGAGACUUGGGUCUGUUCAGCCUGGAGAAGAGGAGAUUGAGGGGAUCUCAUCAAUGCUUGUGAGUCUUCUUGGCAGAACUGGCAGGAGUGAUUCAACUGAUCCCCAUCUCUGUGUGGUGAAUUACCAUGCUUGGCACAUGCAGGCUUGUCUGGAUUGCUGCUGCUCAGCCAGAAUGAAUUUGCAGAGCAGUCUUCUGACACAUGUGAAGCAGCGCCAGUUAUUCAAGUCUUACAUGGACGAGGAGAAAGCGCCUUUCCUUGUAUUCAGAUGGAGAGCCACCAUUUUCCAUUCCAUCUGUCAGCAAACUUCACUUUCAGAGUUUGAGUCUGAGUUAACAGAGUUUCUUCCAAACUGUCAAAUGGGACAAAGUAGGACAGAGUUUGCCUCACCACAAAUGCUCCAGGCACCUAACAAAUAUUGGCAAAAACAGCAACUGGAUGUUUCUUCUGUGCAGUCACUGGGAGUUGUCUACAUAAAGGGAUUGCAUAACUAGGAUGCUGUCUCAGAGGCCUACUGUCAAUCUUUCCACCUCUCCUGUGAGCAGCAGAGAAUGAUUUUGUAUUAAUAAAGAGCUAUGAGAUGCCAGAGAUUUUCAUCUUCUCGUUGACAAGAAAAAAGCCAAAGGAAAUGGAUGUGAGAGAUCCUUGUCUGAAGGGAAGACAAGAUGCCAUUUUCAUGUAGUUCUCUUCACUCUUCAAUCUCUUGACUUUGAUUGUGUAAGAAGCUGCUGCAUCACAGGAUCAACAUGGAAGAGAAACAAAGGGGCCACAUGUAGGGCAUGCUGUUUCCUGGGGUACUCAUGCUGCCAGUGGGAACCACAGUUACUCACUCAGUGUCUGAAGAAGUGGGAUUCUGCUACCAACAUCAGCUGAAGGGGAGUGUGAUCUGCCCUUGCCAUGUCAAAAAUUGGUCAAGAAAGAUACUGAGCUCUUUACAAACAUAUAAUUCCAAAAGAGGUUGCAGAGAGUGGCUGAAGAAUUAAAUCAGUUUAAUAAAUGUGUUUCAGCUGCAAGGAGGGCCUAGAUCAUUCAACGUUUUUCCUCUUUUGGUUUUCAGGAUAAACUGGGAUUUGUUGAAUGUCAUUAUCUGAAGGCAACAUCCUUGUUUUGCACCUUAAUUCCAUGGCAGAAGAAUGUACAUCUGCACUCAGUGGAUUUCUAAUGUUGUGCAAAUAGCUUCCCAUAUCCAAAUUGUGUAUGUAUCAGCAGCAGUUACCUGGAGAACAGUAUGAAACAUAUUGUAGUGGAAUAUGAACACAAGGGACUUAAACCAACUUUGUGCAAGGAAAGGUUUAUAACAAACUCUGGAUGUCCAGUGUCUCAUUCCAGUGUGGGGGGGACAAAAACAAAUUUGUUUAUAAAUACUGUUGGUAAAAACUACUUUAUUAUGAAAGGAAGGGGGAAGGUAAUCUUUCUUUCCUCCUCACCCCCUCAAUAAAUUUUUACUUCAUAAAGCAAAAGAUGAUACAGUGGUACUUACUUAGGUCUGCAAGUGAGUUUUCUAGCUUGUUGCACACUAAACCCCUUGAGGCACUGAACAUGUGCUUUUGCCAGUAGGUAUUAAUAUGUUUUGCUUCCCACCCUUACACAAGCUAUUUCCACUAGAUCCUUAUUCUUUAAGCAAGAGAGAAAAAGUAAGGGAGACAGGAUAAAUUCCUCUUGAAUAACACAGCUUGUUUCCACAUCCAGAGCUAAGCCAACGGGAGGUCUCUAAAUUAGCUAUUGGAGAAGCAUUUCAGGAUGGUCUGUGUGGUGGAAUGGAGUUGAUAAUAGAAG